AUGCAUUCGUCGGACCAUCUCCCUCUACACCUGAUUGGGACUCCAGCGUUUUUCCCAGCGGUUCUCUCCCACAUUCGAAGCCAUGUCACUUCGGCGUCAGUCCCAUUAGAUUCCGUGAUAUUCCAGUCCAUUCUCCUUUGCAUCGUUGCUGGGGACAAGCACUUGAUACUGCGUACCCCAGAAGAGGAUAUCGGACUCGUUGUCAAACUCGCUGUUUGGGUGAGCUGCUUCAUCUUUGGUUCCCCAAAAAAGUAA